UCAAACACGAGAGAGCUUGCAGUGAAAUUCUGUAUCAUUUUCUUGCUCCUGAUUUCUCCAUCUGAUUCGGCUUCCUGGAAAACACAGAAAUAUCACAAACCUUGUAAACAGUUUGUGCUUUAUUACCAUGACAUUCUCUACAGUGGCAAUGAUUCGGUUAAUGCAACAUCUGCAGCAGUCACAAUUGUUACCAAGCUGGGCAACUUCAACUUUGGAAUGCUAGUUGUUUUUGAUGAUCCUAUGACAAAAGACACCCAUCUUCUUUCGCAUCCAGUUGUACGAGCUCAUGGGUUCUAUUUCUAUGAUAUGAAGAUCAAGUACGAUGCUUGGUUUGCUUACACUUCGGUCUUCAACUCCAGCGAGCAUAAAGGUACUCUAAAUAAAAUGGGUGCAGAUACGAUGUCGGAGAAGACGAGAGAUCUUUCAAUAGUUGGAGGGACAGGGAACUUCUUCAUGGUGAGAGGGAUUGCAACAUUUCAGACUGAUGCUUUUCAGGGCGAUAAUUACUUCCGCCUCAAGAUGGAUAUUAAGUUGUUUGAAUGUUAGUAGAGUAAUAUUUAUUUAUAAGUACCACUGCACAGUCUGCACCAGUAAGUUUGGUAUAUUUUCUGUGUAAUAUGAGCUCUCUAAUGACUACUCUCUUUUCUUGCUAAGGAAGCAAAGAAGUUCAUGUCCUGCUCUAUCUGUAAUGAAAUUAUUUUUAUAUAUUAAUAAGGUAAUGUACAUGUUUGUAAUGGUCUUA